GUGACCCGCCCAAAAUAUCUAAUGGUUGCCAACUCAUCAAUAUGUUGACGGUUCUUUCUUAACGUUCAUUUAAUUCACGCAAGUGUCAUUCGAAAUUGUUCAACGUGGUUGCAAAAAUUCCUGCAAACAUGCAAAGCGUUUUAUUCGUACUCGUUACACUGUUUGCGUACGCACAUUCUAUUAGAUUCUACCUUGAACCAAACUCGAUGAAAUGUUUGAAAGAGGAAGCGCAAGCUCAUGUUUUGGUUGCUGGAGAAUACGAGGUCUCCGAAACGCCGGGUAUUAAAACUGAAUAUAUCGUCCGUGAUUCGAAGUCCGAAGUACUCGGUAAAAAUGAUAACAUAGUUCAAGGAAAGAUGUUGAAAUUCUCAUUUGUAUUAGAGACAUAUGAUAAAUUUGAAAUUUGCUUCAUGGCGCGUGUUUUACAGCCCCAUUACUCGAACAAUAUGAAACAUAUCAAACAAGAGGUUCACUUGAUUACAAAACGUGGUAUUGAAGCAAAGAAUUACGAACUUAUGAUAAGCGAAGCAGCUAAACUGAAACCUUCAGAAGUAGAACUAAAACGUUUAGAAGAUUUGUCUGAAGCAAUUGUUCAAGACUUUGCUCGAAUGAGACAGAAUGAGGAAGAAAUGAGAGAUACUAAUGAGGCAACGAAUUCUCGAGUACUCCACUUCAGUAUAUUCUCCACCUUAUGGCUCUUUGUACUUUCCACUUGUCAGGUUUUGUACUUGAGACGUUUCUUUAAAUUGAAAAAACUCAUUGAAUAGGUAAAAAGUAGAAACAUCAGAGAUUUUCAAUCUUCCAACGAUUUUUACUACAAAAUUUUGUUUAUACAAAUUUUGAUAAACGAGUAAAAAAAGUCGUCAAAAUUAUGUAAAAAGAGUUUACAGACUUGUAGUUUGUACAUUUGAUGGCAAUUUAAAUAAAACAACGGGUGGAGUAAUCAUUGAAUAAGUACACACAGAAAUUUAAAGAAAGUGUGUAAUUUACUUUAGUUAAAAUAAGAUAAAUAAAUAUAGGUUGCAAAUAACUUAAGUACAUUGUAUUACACCUCUAAUAAAAUAUGUCUAGUACGAGAGUCAAAAGCUCAUGUAUUUAAUAGCCUAAGUAUUACGUGUUUGUGUUAUUUUCCUCAGUGUUUGUCUACAAAUCAAAAUAAGAUCUACUCUUGUAAUUUUUAUUAUAUACUGGAAUAAAAAAAAAUUUGAGAUA